CAUACGUUUUUGUAUGAUACAUGCACAUAUUUAGAACACCUAUAUAUACAUAUUUUCACACACAGGGACCUUCAAAUUCUCCGCAGCUUCAAGCACAGAACAAAUUCAAAUCUUUACCUGGUUUCUGAGGGUCCUUUUUGAUGGGUGCUCCUAAGCAAAAAUGGACACCAGAAGAAGAAGCAGCUCUUAGAGCUGGAGUUGUUAAGCAUGGGGCAGGCAAGUGGCGUACGAUACUGAAAGAUCCAGAAUUUAGUGGUGUCUUGUAUCUACGGUCAAAUGUAGAUCUCAAGGACAAGUGGAGAAAUAUGAGUGUAAUGGCAAAUGGAUGGGGUUCUCGAGAGAAGGCGAGGCUAGCACUUAAAAGGCUGCAUCAGGCCCCUAAACAGGAAGAGAACCAUAUGGCUCUUACUAAAGUAGUUCAAAGCGAUGAAGAAAUUGUUGAUGCCAAGCCUCUUGCAGUAUCUAGUGGGUCUCCACAGAUUGGUGGUCCAAAAAGAUCAAUCGUAAGGUUGGACAAUCUUAUAAUGGAGGCUAUAAACAACUUGAAGGAGCCUGGUGGUUCUAAUAAGACAACUAUUGCAACAUACAUUGAGGAACAGUAUUGGGCACCUCCAAAUUUUAAAAGAUUGCUGUCAGCAAAAUUGAAGUUUUUGACUGCAAGUGGGAAACUGAUCAAGAUGAAACGCAAGUAUAGAAUUGCGCCACCUUUGUCAUCUGACAAAAGAAGAAAUCCUCCCAUGUUACUCUUGGAGGGAAAACAUAGGGCUUCUCCUAGAGUUGACAAGGAUGAUAUCAAUAUUCUGACUAAAUCUCAGAUUGAUUUAGAACUGGCCAAGAUGAGGAGUAUGACUCCACAAGAGGCUGCUGCAGCUGCUGCUCAAGCAGUUGCAGAGGCAGAAGCCGCUAUAGCAGAAGCUGAAGAAGCAGCAAGGGAAGCAGAGUUAGCAGAAGCUGAUGCAGAAGCGGCACAAGCUUUUGCAGAAGCGGCAAUGAAGACACUGAACGGAAGAAGCACCCCGAGGAUGAUGAUUCGUGCGUGAUGGAAAUUCACAAAAUGUGCUAUCAGGAUAGAUGCAUUAGAGCAAUUUCUGAUCAGCAUCCGGAUAGAUAUAUGUAUGUCUUCUGCCUGCUUUGCCUGUGGUUGUUGUAUAUAUUGCAAGGCCUUUCUGGCCGGUAAAAUUCAGUUUGUUCCUGUACCAGCGUCAAUCAGUAGACUCCGGAAACAGCUCUUUCAUCGGCAGCUUUCGCAUAUUUUUCUGGAAACUUCUGCUUCAGAGAUGAUAUCCGUUGCGUUUGUCAGUAACUUUAAGAACUGCCUGAACACAGAAACUAGGAGGUACAAAGAAACGAUAAAAGUUGGAUUUGCUUAGGACGAUCAUCAUGCAGUGCUCCAUGGCCAUGUAUUUUUGGAACUUUCGAGACACAUGUUUUGUAACGGUACCUUUAGGGUACUUGUAUUUCCAAGUGCUAUUUAUCUAGAAUGUGGUUUAUCCUGUUGUUCAAA